AUAUAAAUUGUUCAUUAGAAUUAAAAAUGAUUGAUUCAAAUCAGGACUCUGAUCACGUUUAUGCAAUGCUGCUCAGAAACCAAAUCCUUGCCUCUAACCCUGCUCUAGCCAUGCAAGCAAGAUUUGCUCAAUAGCCAUGAGACGGAAGAAAGCCAAAUAUUCCCCUUCUUAUUCUUUCUAUUUAGUCUUAAACCAGUUGGAUUUGGGAGACGGAGACAAGCAAAAUAUUCCUUCAAUAUAGAUUUGCAAUUGUACAUACAUUCAUUACUCUUGUCUUGCUGCAUCUGUAUAUCGUGAUGGUUAUCUUGCAGCGUUGUUUUCCCUCCGUUGUUAGCAUCCGAGCAAAGUUCCCCGUUACUGCAUCAGAUGGUAGUAUUCACGAAAACCGUUCCCUCAAGCUUCCUUCUACUACUCUUCCUCCGAGCUUCUUGAUAUCCAAUUCACACCAGUCUCAGACUCCAACUUUGUUGUUUCCUCCAGCCAAUCAGAGUGUGGCAGCUGUUGUGUUCGGGGAUGGACACGAGUCACAACUUUACCCGCUGACAAAGAGAAGAUCAGAAGGGGCGAUACCUAUUGCAGCAAAUUACAGGCUCAUUGAUUCAGUUGUGAGCAACUGCAUUAGCAGCAACAUAAGCCAUAUAUACGCUCUAACACAAUUUAACUCUACUUCUCUCAAUUCCCACCUUUCCAGAGCUUACUCUGGAGUUUGUCUUGGGAAUGACGGCUUUGUUCAAGUCAUUGCCGCGUAUCAGAGCCCUGGCAAUAACGGAUGGUUUCAGGGAACUGCUGAUGCUGUGAGAAGAUGUCUGUGGAUGCUGGAAGAGCAUCCAAUGACUGAGUUUUUGGUCCUUCCUGGUCACCAUCUCUACAGAAUGGACUACCAGAAACUCAUCAAGGCCCACCGAGACAACGACGCUGACAUUACAAUUGCUGUAUCUGUUGCCAGGAGACUUCAUGAUCCGGGAUUUGGCUUUCUAAAUGUGAAUUCUCAAAAUCAAGUUGUAGAUUUCAGAUUGAAGUUGGAGGGAAAGCCAUUUAAUGUUGCUUCAGCCAAAAGCUCAAGUAACUCCAACGAUACUGCUCUAAGUAGCAUGGCAAGUAUGGGAAUCUUUCUCAUCAACAGAGGUGCAAUGAAAAGGCUACUGGAAGAACAUUUUCCCAAGGCAAAUGACUUCACAAGUGAAGUAAUUCCGGGUGCCAUAUCUAUUGGAAUGAAGGUUCAAGCUUAUGCAUUUGAUGGAUAUUGGGAGGACCUGAGGAAUAUUAAAGCUUUCUACGAAGCAAAUAUGCAAAGCACAAAGGAUGCAGAUGUGGGAUACAAGUCAGUAACUCGAGCUCAUACGUAUAAAAUAUAACACACACACACACAGUAAUGUGCAGGAAAGGCUGAAAGCUGCCCUAUUACUAUUUUGGAGCCGCCAGUCCUCAAUGUCAUUGGCUAACACACAAACUCGGUGGUUGCAUAUAUAUAUAGCGCAGCUUCUACGACAGAGAGAGCCCAGUCUACACAUUGCCUCGGUAUCUGCCUCCAACUCAAAUAACAGACUCUGAAAUUACAAACAGUGUAAUUGGAGAUGGUUGCAUCCUCAAUGUAAGCAGAGCAUUGUUCGUGUAGGAUUUUGAAUUGUUUCUUCAAGUUUUGUCGAUUGGAUGUCUCCAAAGAAGUAGUACAUACUCUACUGAUGUAAAACUGAAUGCAUGGGCGUUUUGGACUUGUACAAGAGUAGGGAUGCAGGAUCAAAGGCACAGUACUUGGUAUGAGGACGAGAAUCGGAAAUGGGGCUAUAGUCGAGGAUUCAAUUAUCAUGGGUUCAACUAUGUACCAAACAGAAGGGAAGAGGAAAGGCAUGGCGGGUGCGAUCCCUGGGAUGGGAAUUGGCGAAGAUACUCAAGUAAGGAAGGCUAUUAUAGACAAGAAUGCAAGAAUUGGCAACAAUGUUAUGAUCAUUAAUAAAGAUAAUGCGAAAGAAGCGGACAGAGAAGGUGAUGGAUAUGUCAUCCGUGACGGAAUACUAGUCCUUCUUCCGAGUGCAGUGAUUCCAGAUGGCACCAUUCUCUGAUCUGAUCAUUCAUUCAUUCAUUUCAUUUCAUUUGAUUGUCUAGUGUUACAACACCAGUCAGUCUCCAGUAGUGACAGAGAGAUAGCUAGUCAGAUGAAAUAAAAGAUAUAUAAAUAAAUAAAGGAAGUUGGAAUAUAUUUGCUUAGCCUUCCCUUCCUUCACUCCACUUCUUUAUUAGUGUGAUGCAAAUUGUACAUAAACUAUAUAUAUAAGAUUAUAAUUCGGAUGGAUAUUCUCAUU